UAACGCCAUAUUAAAUCGCAAAAAGCUCUCCAUACUAUACUAGGAGACAUAUGCAUGUACAUAUUCAAAUCUGAAAGCAUAGUCUUAAAAAAGAUACAUGUGAAAGUUUAGAGUUUGUUUUUUAAUAUCAGUUUAAAGUUUUUAUGAGCAAUCUAAGUGCUUUAUGUAAGCAACAUUUCCGGUGUUUCAGAAUGUUCUUCCAAAAAACAUAUUGUAUCAUAGCUGCACAUAUAUGUAUACCUAGAUAUGUCCCUAUUUAUGAAAAUUAUUAACAUUUGGGGUCAUCUACUGCAGAAGUCUUAAAUGCGUUCAUUACAAACCACAGAAUUAGAAUAAACGUCGGAUUAAUUAUUUUAACGUAUGGAUAAAUGGAAAUAAUUGCUUUAUUUGUUCCUGGGAGGUAAUCAAAGAUAAUACUAUUGCUUUUUAGACAUAUAUCGUCCUAAUGCUCUCAACGAUAGUUCUUAUCGUCAUCCCAGUUUUGUUAUAUUGGAACUAUAUUUCUCGAAAAAGGCGCAAUGAGUUAACAUCUAACAUUCCAGGACCUCCAGCUUAUCCGUUCAUCGGCAACUUGUUCGUUCUUCAGCUACGAUCGGUACAAGAUACAAUCGAUUUCCUGAAAGGCUUCCACUUAAAAUACGGUAAAACUGUCCGUCUUUGGAUUUUAGACCAACUUAAUUUCUGUACAGUUGAUCCAAAGCUCGUGGAGAUUAUUUUGACCAGCCCAAAAUACAUCCAAAAAGGUUCGCUCUAUGAUCACCUGAAAGUAUGGCUUGGAAAUGGUUUACUAUUAAGCAAUGGAAGAAAGUGGUUUCAAAGGAGAAGGAUUAUAACGCCAACAUUCCAUUUCAAAAUUUUGGAAGAGUUCUCAGAAGUCAUGGAUGAGCAGAGUCACAUUCUGGUGGAUAAACUGCAGAAGCAUAGUUGGACGGAGGCUUUUAAUAUCGAGCCAUAUAUUACUUUGUGUGCUUUGGAUGUUAUUUCAGAAACUGCUCUGGGUACCAAAAUCAACGCUCAGAUGGAUCCCAGUUGUGAAUAUGCCCAGGCUGUUCAUACGAUGUCCUACAUCGUAAUGGAGCGAAUGGUGAAGCCAUAUUUGAAAUAUGAUUUAAUUUUCUCGAUUUUGUAUCCAAAGAUGAAAAAAGCAGAGGUUAAGGCAAGUAGAAUACUUCACGACUUCACUGAACAUAUCAUCGAGGAUCGAAGAAAACUAUUACUGGAAGACAUCAAAGCUAACCACGUAGAUACUGACGAAGCUGAAAUGACUAGGAAACGCAAACGAACUCUGCUAGAUGUUCUCCUGCAAGCAACUAUUCAAGGACAACCGCUCUCCAACAACGACAUUCGCGAAGAAGUGGACACCUUUACAUUUGAAGGUCACGACACCACGACAGCUGGAAUUAGUUUCACCCUUUAUUGUCUGUCACGUCAACCUGAGGUACAAGAAAAAGUCUUCAGUGAAAUCAGGGAAGUAAUCGGAAACGACAAAACAAAGCCUGCUAAGAUGCAGGAACUACAAGAUUUAAAAUACCUAGAAAUCGUUAUCAAAGAAUCAAUGAGGUUGUACCCUCCAGUACCAAUGAUAGCACGGAAACUAGAGGAAGAUAUACAAAUAAACGAUAAAUUCUUCCCUGCUGGAUCCGAUGUAACUAUUCCGAUGUUCCUUCUCAUGAGAGAUCCUGAAAUAUUUUCAGACCCUGAUCAUUUCAAACCAGAACGAUUUUUUACUGAGAAGUUCUCGGAAAAGGCAACUGCUUAUUCCUACAUCCCAUUUAGUGCUGGACCAAGGAAUUGUAUUGGGCAGAAGUUUGCUAUGCUCGAAAUGAAGUGCACGGUGUCGAAAAUCCUAAGAUACUUUGAACUUCUACCAAUGGGAGAAGAACCGAAAACUACAGCGAAUUUGGUGACAAGAUCUACUAACGGUAUUAAUUUAGGUAUAAGGCCAAGAAAGUAUUAUACAUUUGGAACGAAUUCUUGAUAGUAAAAGAAUAAAAUAAGGUGAA